CAUGAAUUGAUGUCGUUUUCUCUUGCUAGCAUCAAAGAGCGCCGGCCUUUGCCCAUUGCAUGCAAGGGAUAUGCAUAUCUAAACUUUUAACUUUGAUUACAGCUCUCUGCCUGCCUUCCUUCCUACGCAUUACUUCGGUGGUGGGAAAAGGAUUCUUAGCGAAAGGCAUCACAGUUGAAAGCUACGCGGGACCAAGCAGUGGCUCAGACUUUACAGAUUUCUACCAAUGCAGCUUCAUCGCAUACCAAGACACCCUCUAUGUUCAUUCCUUUCGACAGUUUUAUCGGGAGUGCGACGUUUAUGGAACAGUCGACUUCACAUUCGGAAAUGCAGCCGUAGUUUUACAAAAGUGUAAUUUGUAUGCUCGUAAACCAAACCCGAGACAGACGAACGUGUUCACUGCCCAAGGAAGAAAAGAUCCAAACCAGAAUACUGGGAUUUCAAUCAUAAAGUGCAAAGUGGAAGCUGCUGCUGAUUUGAUUCCAGUGCAAUCAUCGCAUAAGAAUUGCCUAGGACGUCCCUGGAAAGAAUACUCGAGGACAGUGUACAUGGGAUCGUACAUUGGGAACUUAAUAGAGCCUCGGGGAUGGUUAGAAUGGAAUGGUGAUUUUGCAUUGAGGACACUGUACUAUGGGGAGUACAUGAACAGAGGACCAGGUUCCAACACUAGCCACAAAUGGCCUGGUUAUAGAGUAAUCAAUAGUUCCAUCGAGGCCGCUCAAUUCACUGUUGCAAAUUUCAUUCACGGAGAGGAAUGGAUACCAGCUACAGGCUUUCCUUUUUAUCUUAAUUUCACUUCACUUCCUCCUAAUUAAUAGUAACUACUUUAUAAAUGUCUUCUUUAUUCUCUUAAACUUUGCAAAGUCACAACAGUAGUCACAAUAGCAACUACUGUUGCGAAAUCUUCUUCUUUAGAUUAUAUACCGGAUGAAAUCGGUUUAUAAAGUAGU